CCAUUGGCUGUGCGGAGGGCGUGCGCGCUCCGGCCUCUAUAUAACGCGGUAACGACUCACUCUCAUCAGCAUUCAUUGCUCAGACGUCGCACGUGACGUGUCACGUUCCUAGGCUCACACCCCCUAUUUAUAUUCUACUUCUAAUCCUAUUUCAGUAUUUUAGUGUUAUUUUUAUUUAUAGAUUCUGUUUUGCAAAGCAAACUCUAGUCAAAAGAAAAACAUGGCGUAUUUACAGUCGAUGCCUAAAUCUGAAACUAUUAAGCUUCGCGAGAAGCAUGUUGGCUCUGCCUGCCAACUCUUCUUCCGGUCGACCCCUCUGAAGAUCGUGAGAGGGAUCGCUCAGUUCAUGUAUGAUGAGACGGGCGAGAGAUAUUUGGACUGCAUCAACAAUGUCGCACAUGUGGGCCAUUGCCACCCACACGUGGUAGAAGCGGGUAGGAAUCAAAUGUCGCUGAUUUCAACCAACAACCGCUAUUUGCACGACGAGCUGGUUAUCCUUGCUGAGAGGCUAGUUAAGACUAUGCCUGAACCCCUCUCCGUCUGCUUCUUCGUCAACUCAGGAUCAGAGGCCAAUGACCUCGCCCUCAGGCUGGCUAGAAUCCACACCAAGAACAAAGACGUUAUCACCCUCGACCACGCGUAUCAUGGCCAUCUCACUUCUAUGAUUGAUGUGUCUCCAUACAAACUGAACCUACCCGGAGGGCCCGAGAAGCCAGAGUGGGUUCAUGUGGCGCCAGUACCAGAUGUGUACAGGGGGAAGUACACUUACCCUAAAGACGGAUCAUCAGAAGAAGAGCUAGGGAAACUGUACGCUGAAGAGGUCGGCAAGAUCUGUAAGGAAGUAUCAAAGAACAAGCGCGGCGUCUGCGCAUACAUCGCGGAGAGCUUGCAGAGCUGUGGCGGACAGAUCAUCCCGCCUGAUGGCUACCUCAAACACGUGUUCGAAUACGUCCGCGAAGCCGAUGGUGUCUGCAUCGCCGAUGAAGUCCAAGUGGGGUUCGGUCGCGUGGGGACCCACAUGUGGGCCUUCCAAACCCAAGACGUGGUUCCCGACAUCGUGACGAUGGGCAAACCCAUGGGCAACGGACAUCCCGUGGCAGCCGUCAUCACUACUCCCGAAAUUGCCAAGAGUUUCGCUGAUACUGGCGUGGAAUAUUUCAACACGUACGGCGGAAACCCAGUAUCGUGUGCGAUCGCCAACGCGGUUCUAGACGUGAUUGAAGAAGAGAAGUUGAUGGAGCGAGCUGCAAGAGUCGGCAGCCACUUGCUGGAGCGUUGCGAGGCUCUGAAACACAAGCACCGGCUGGUAGGCGAUGUUAGAGGCCGAGGACUGUUUGUGGGGGUCGAACUUGUAACCGACCGGGACGCCAGGACACCCGCCACGGCUGAGGCUAAACAUGUUGUUAAUAGGAUGCGAGAAGAAAAGAUCCUAAUCAGCCGCGACGGUCCGGACAGCAAUGUGUUGAAGUUCAAGCCACCCAUGGUGUUCAGUACGCAGGACGCAGACCGCCUCGUCGACACGCUCGACCGCGUGCUCGCAGAACUCGACGGACAAAGGAUACCCGUCACUAAUCUCAAACUUGAGGUGCUGGUCACUCCUCUCAGUGAAGACUCACAGAAAAAUGACACAGUUAUGAAGAGCAAUAUACAGCAUAGUGUUAAAAGUAUAUCAUAGAACCAACUUCCUAUGAUACCUUAUAAGUAUUUUCGAAUAUUACUUUGAAACUUUGUAAAUAUAAUUUUAACAGUAGACUACUUUUAAGUUUAGCUUGUAAAUGACACUUGUAAAUAGUUUAUAUAAUUUAAAAUAAAAAAAUAGUUAAGGAGCACCAUGAAAUAAAUAAUCAA